ACUCAGGGUCUGUACACCUCACCCUGUAAAGCCAGACCAGACGGAAGAGGAGUAGGCGGCCUUUGACCUCCACGCGUGUUCGUGGGCACCAAAGAUGCAGGCGCUCCUUGCUGCUCGGGCCCAGAACCGAAACAAGUCCUCUAGAGAAGAGAGUCCAAGCCAGAGCCGCAGCCGCAGCAGCCCGAGCCGGAGCUGGAGCCAGAGUCCCAGCCGGAGCCGCAGCAGGAGCCACAGUCAAAGCGCCAGUCCAAGCCCUAGCCCACCCAGGCACCAAACCAGGACAGCACACUUCCAUCACUCCUCAUCCCGAGCCCACCCCCACACUCACUCCCACUUUAAUUCCCAUGAUUCCAACAGUUGCCCUAAAAGAAGGAAGGCAACAGGGUUAACCAAAAGGAAGGCCAAGAAAGGAAGCCGGCCAACAUGUGGAAGGAAGAAACGAGCAGGGAGGAGACGAAAAUGAUAUCUCCCCACCUCCUUACCCCUGGGGGGCUGUUCCUGUGCCAUGGCUUCAACACUGAUGAGAAGGAGAAGAACAACUUGAAAGCUAGGAAGGAAGAAAACAAACUUUUACAGGAACACAUGUCAAUGGUGAUUUCUACACAACAUCUUAAAAAGAAAAUGGAAAAUGGAAGGCUAGCGCCUCCCAUGACUCUGGCAUUUCACAUCAUUCCCCAAGAUAAUAAAGGUCAUCUGUUGUGAAACUAAUAAAA